AUGAGAGCAAAUGAUUGUUGUAAGAUUGACUAUCUGUUCUUGCCUCUCGGUCAGCUGGAGGAUUCUUACUCUCUGUUUGCUGCAGAUGACCCUUCAGUGCCUACAGAAAGAAACCAGGUCCGAAAGAACGAAGUCCGAGCUACAACUCAAAUUGCACCAACGAGCAUCUCCAAGAGGAUCCCUUCACUCCGCCUAGUGGCACUCAACAUCCCUCUGACUGGCAACAUGAACGGGAUGCGGGGUGCUGACUUUCAGUGCUAUCAGCAAGCACAAGAGGCACAGCUGUACGGAACUUUCCGGGCCUUCCUAGCCACACCUACUCAGGAUCUAGUCUCAAUUGUAAAAAGAACAGACAGAGAUCGGCCUGUCGUCAACCUGAAGGGGGAGGGGCCAACAGAUGGAACCGACAGCGGUUUCUUAAAGCCGCACCUGUCUGGAUUGGAUGAGGCUGAGGUGUUUUUCCUGGCCUGCAGAAUCCUGUUUAUAAUGGACAGCUUGAAUGACUUUGGCCUCGGUUCGGUUCCUCUCACGGGACCCUCCGUCCGCUCUCCUCACAGGCCCGCCAUGGAUCUCGAUGUUUCCUUGUCCCCGCUGAAGCCGGUGGAUGGAAAUUUCAAAGGGGAUAAGAUCAAGAAUAAGGAUGCCAAAAGGCUCUCUGUCGAAAGGAUAUACCAGAAGAAAACGCAGCUGGAGCAUAUAUUGCUCCGGCCUGAUACGUACAUUGGCUCUGUGGAACAAGUGACACAGCAAAUGUGGGUCUUUGAUGAAGAUGUGGGACUGAACUUCAGGGACGUUACGUUUGUACCUGGUCUCUAUAAAAUUUUUGAUGAAAUCCUAGUCAAUGCUGCUGAUAACAAGCAGAGAGAUAAGAGCAUGUCAUGUAUCAAAAUCACAAUCGAUCCGGAAAAUAAUGUGAUCUCUGUGUGGAACAAUGGAAAAGGGAUUCCUAUUAUAGAACACAAAGUGGAGAAAGUCUAUGUGCCAGCUCUUAUUUUUGGGCAGCUUUUAACAUCCAGCAACUAUGAUGACGACGAGAAGAAAGUCACAGGUGGGCGAAAUGGUUAUGGAGCUAAACUCUGCAACAUCUUCAGUACCAAAUUUACAGUGGAAACUGCAUGCAAAGAAUAUCAGAAGCUCUUUAAGCAGACAUGGACAGGCAACAUGAGUAAGGCAGGGCAGAUGACACUGAAAUUCUUCGAUGAUGAAGACUUUACAUGCAUCACUUUCCAGCCGGAUCUGGCAAAGUUUAAAAUGACUGUCUUGGACAAGGAUAUCGUGGCCCUCAUGGCUCGUAGAGCCUAUGAUGUGGCAGGAGCAGUUAAGGAUGUCAAAGUCUUCUUGAAUGGAAAGAGGCUCCCAGUCAAAGGAUUCCGUAGUUAUGUAGACAUGUAUGUAAAGGACAAGGUGGAUGAAACUGGCAACGUGCUGAAAGUUAUCCAUGAAGAAGUGAACAGCCGGUGGGAAGUGUGCCUAACAAUGAGUGAAAGGGGAUUUCAGCAAGUUAGCUUUGUCAACAGCAUUGCUACAACAAAGGGUGGUAGACAUGUGGACUAUGUUGCUGAUCAGGUUGUCAAUAAGCUCCUGGAAGUGGUGAAGAAGAAAAACAAAGCUGGCGUUGGAGUGAAGCCCUUUCAGGUGAAGAGCCAUAUCUGGGUCUUCAUAAAUGCCCUGAUUGAAAAUCCAACUUUUGACUCGCAAACAAAGGAGAAUAUGACGCUUCAAGCAAAGAGCUUUGGCUCUACGUGCAAGCUGAGUGAAAAGUUUAUCAAGGGGGUAGUUGGUUGCGGCAUAGUGGAGAGCAUCCUGAACUGGGUGAGCUUCAAAGCUCAGACACAGCUCAACAAGAAGUGUUCAUCUGUGAAACACACUAGGAUCAAAGGAAUUCCUAAACUGGACGAUGCCAACGAUGCUGGGAGUAAGAACUCCGCCAACUGUACUCUUAUUCUGACGGAAGGAGACUCGGCCAAAACACUUGCUGUUUCUGGUCUUGGAAUUGUGGGCAGGGACAAAUACGGAGUAUUUCCCCUGCGUGGCAAAAUGCUCAAUGUCCGGGAAGCUUCUCACAAACAGAUAAUGGAAAAUGCUGAAAUUAACAACCUCAUCAAGAUUGUUGGUCUGCAGUAUAAGAAGAACUAUGAUGACCCAGAAUCGCUUAAGACCCUGCGGUAUGGAAAGAUAAUGAUCAUGACAGAUCAGGAUCAAGAUGGCUCCCAUAUCAAAGGCUUGUUGAUUAACUUCAUACACCACAACUGGCCUUCUCUACUAAAGCACCGCUUCCUAGAAGAAUUCAUUACUCCCAUUGUAAAGGCUUCCAAGAAUAAAGAAGAGAUUGCUUUCUAUAGCAUCCCUGAAUUUGAUGAGUGGAAAACCAGUGUUCCGAACUACAAAACCUGGAAAAUCAAGUACUACAAAGGUCUGGGGACCAGCACAUCAAAAGAGGCGAAAGAGUACUUUGCAGAGAUGGCAAGGCAUCGGAUACCUUUCAAAUACUCUGGACCUGAAGAUGAUGCUGCGAUCUCCCUGGCCUUUAGCAAAAAGAAAGUGGACGACCGAAAGGAAUGGUUGACCAACUUCAUGGAGGAUCGAAGGCAGCGGAAGCUGCAAGGCCUGCCAGAGGAGUAUUUAUAUGGGAAAGCAACCAGUUCUCUGACGUACAAUAGCUUCAUCAACAAGGAACUUAUUCUGUUUUCCAACAUGGACAAUGAACGAUCCAUUCCUUCCCUGGUUGAUGGACUGAAACCAGGUCAGAGGAAAGUUAUGUUCACCUGCUUCAAAAGAAAUGACAAACGGGAGGUGAAGGUUGCCCAGUUGGCGGGAUCAGUAGCAGAGAUGUCUGCUUAUCAUCAUGGAGAGGCCUCCCUGAUGAUGACUAUUAUCAACUUGGCUCAAAACUUUGUGGGUAGCAACAACUUGAACCUGCUCCAGCCCAUUGGUCAGUUUGGCACCAGGCUGCACGGUGGGAAAGACUCUGCCAGCCCUCGAUACAUCUUCACAAUGCUCAG